UUUGUGCAUCACUUCUUUCGAGAAAGUUAAGUCUGUGUUCUGCUUAGGAGAGAUAACACUUUUUGUCCCUGUAGGUGGCCCCCCUGGUGUAGCCAUUAGUUGCUAAUUACUUGCAAACAAAUAAACAAUGAACUCCUCGAGCUGCUGGUUGGGUGUUCAUUGACAUGCUAAAAUUUUCUAAGACAGGAUUUUAAUUAGUGACGUUCUAAAUCCAACCCCUUGUCAGAGGAGCUGUAAGGUGAACUGGAGGAAGAUCCCAGCACCGUAAGAGUGGGGCAGAGCUAGCCAAGAGGCCACCAGACGCCACAGCUGUGGACCGGUACAGCCCCUGCGACGAUGUUUCCCAGCCUUCAGGAAGGUGCUCAGCUUGGGGAAAGCAAACCCUCCCCCUGCUCCUUUUCAAUUGAAAGCAUUUUGGGGCUGGACCAGAAGAAAGACUGUGUUCCAUCCAUGAAACCCCACAGGCCCUGGGCAGACACCUGCGGCUCCUCAGAGAAAGAUGGUAAACUGUGUCUACAUGUCCCAGGCCUUCCUAGUGGGAUCUUAUUCCCUUAUACUGUGGAUCACCCGGUGCCCGAAGAAAGAGUUUUGAAAUAUGAAAAUUACUUUUCAGCUUCAGAAACACUGUCUUUGAAAGGAGAGCUGAUUUGGUAUAGAGGCCGAAGACCAAGAACUGCUUUUACUCAAAACCAGAUUGAAGUUUUGGAAAAUGUCUUUAGAGUAAACUACUAUCCUGGCAUUGAUAUCAGAGAAGACUUAGCUCAAAAAUUGAAUCUAGAGGAAGACAGAAUCCAGAUCUGGUUCCAAAAUCGGCGUGCAAAACUGAGGAGGUCCCAUAGAGAAUCACAGUUUCUAAUGGCGAAAAAAAAUUUCAAAUAUCUUGGAAUAGAAAACUAAAUGUGAAAUUAUCUUCCAAUUGCAGAACGUGAAGCGUGAAUGGAAAUAUCAAGUUGUUAAAAUGUGAUGUUUUCUUUUCUGCAUUUAAUCUGAAUAUUGUCUUUUUUUUUUCAAAAAAUGUAUUGUAAAUAAUUACCAUUAUAUCAUGGUACCUAUUAUACUUGGGCACUUGUAGAUACAAUAAAGGCCUUUCCUAUAUAUUUUAAUAAAUAUUGAGAAAAAGCCAACUAUUUUUUAUGUGAGCAAAUUUAAUCUAAUAGUUUGCUAAAAUCA